CGAGGCUUCAAGCCUUCGCUUUUAACGGACUCGCGCCUUAACUUGAACUUGGUUGGUUUAGAGCAUACUAGAAAGAGCCAGUGAUAGAAACUAAUAAGUCCCCAGUCAGCCAGCUGUCGUACGAACUCGCCAGCUAGCUGUUCUCGCCACCGCCAGCUGUCAUGCAACAUCUAUCUGAAGACCAAGACUUUGAUCGCAGGCAUCGUUUCCUUGACCCAGACCCAAACAAUUCUAGCAGGGAACGAGCAACAAGUCAACCACCAAGAACAAACUUGACAAGUCUACGCAAUCAAAACUCUCCUUCAUCUCCUUCAUCUUCGUCAUCUCCUUGGUCACCACGUAUCCUCCAACAACCAACUAGAACGACAACAGGUCUUCCAAUGAGCGUACCAACCCGUAGCUCCUCCUUCUCAAACCCCCAAUCAAACUAUAGCUCCGCACUCCGCGAAUCCCACUUCGAGUCUACCUUCGAAGACGACGAAUCAGAAGCACUCUCAGACACUUAUGACCAUCAUGAUGACGACCGCUACCUGCCCACUUCAUCCCGUGGCCGCUCCUACGCCCCCGAUCUCACCCGCAGCCGCUCUCAAAGCCUCGCUACCACCACAGCUCGUCCCACUUCAAUCCAGUCCCCGUAUCAACAUUCAAACCUCUGGCCAGACUCGACUAACAACUCAAACCCGCUCAAUAUUCCACCUACUAGGUAUGGAGAGAUCAAACCACCCGCGUCUAGUCGCUACGGGAGCCUUGGCGCUAUGGGCAGGUCCCCGCUCGCCGAUAACGGCUAUCCGAACAGGAACACCAUCGACGUCUCCAAUAUGAGCCCAUUUGUUCGUGAUGUUGGUCAGAUCCUCCUAGACGACGGCUCUGCGUUCCGAGAGCUCUGGGCAGGUAUGAAUCCUCCAAAAGACGAGAAUGGCGGAGGCGGAAGUGGUACCACUAGUCGGAGACACAGCGUCAGCGUCGUUCAGCCUCGCAGGCCCACUAUCGUCGGCUUUAAUGCGCCUGAGAGCCCUGGGGAUGAGACCCAUGGGCAUAGUCGCCCUGGCGUAUUUAAUGCACAGCCUUUCGGAGGGAGAGGCGGUCUCAUGCUUUCAGAUGAUGAUUUAGCUGCUGAUCUCGGUAUGCUGAGCAUGAAAGAGCCCGGUGCGCCGUCCAGCUCAUCAACCGCGAGCCAGCCGUCCUCCCUCCCCAUUUACCCACGCAGCCCGCCCUCCGCAGACCCCUACCACCUCAACAUCACAUCCGGGACGAGCUUCGCAUCCCGCCAACAAUUCGGAUCUCCAGGCGACAGUGCGCUUUCCACAGGUGGAAGUCCCCCUCGGGGACAUUUUGACCAGCAGAUUUUGGAGGCGCAGUAUGGUCAACAGCAGCUUACGGCGCGAUUUAUCCCAGGGCAGGGUAUCCAGUACCUCCCUGUGCAAAACAACGGCGCUGGGUUCGCACGCCAAGGCCCGCUCUCACCCACUACCUCCCGCCCCAUCCAGCCCCAACAAGGCCCGUACUAUUCUCAAAUACAACGACGCCUUUCCGACGCCAGUCAGACCCAGCAAACGCCCUUGAGCGACCUAGGCAAAGGCCUCCCUUUAAGCAGCGUCCCAGCUUCCUGGCCGCUCUUCAUCGUCGAAUUCAAAGCGGGGCGUACGGACCUCUUUUAUCUCACUGAUUUAAGCCAAGAUAUCAGAGUUGGGGAUUUGGUGAUCGUAGAAGCGGACAGAGGGAAGGAUUUAGGCAAGGUCGUGAAUGACAGUAUUACGCUUAAGGAGGUGGAGGCGUUCCAAAGGGAGGUUAGGGAGAGGGAGGCGGGGGAGGCGAUGAGUCCUGGCGGUACGGCUGGGACAGGGAAGAAGGAGAUUAAUCCGAAGAUGAUUUAUGGGAAGGCGCAAGCUCAUGAUACUCAGCAUUUAGUGACGAAGAUGCAAGAUGAAGUUAAAGCGCUGCAAUUGUGUCAGAGUAAAGUUCGGCAGAAGAAACUUCCUAUGGAGGUUAUCGAUGCGGAGUAUCAAUGGGAUCGACGUAAACUCACAUUCUACUUUAUCGCUGAAAAACGAAUUGAUUUUCGGGAGCUUGUCCGGGAGUUGUUCCGGUUGUAUAAAACAAGGAUCUGGAUGGCCUCUUUACAAGGCCCAGGAGGGUACGAGCAGUAAUUGCUCCCCUCACAUCUAUACAAGUAACGACGGAAAACGAGGAGCAGGACGGAAUCCCAAUUUCAACCACACCACGCAAACGCAAACUAUCACGACACCAGUCAAUCUCACGAAAUGUACGCAUGUAUGUAUGAUCUAGAUAUGCAAUAUCCACGCUCUUCGUCGCACAUCUAGAAUCUUUUUUUUUUUUUCCAAUUCUUUCAUUUGUUUCAUGUUCAAGUUCAAGCUAUUUAUGGAUCAAUGUUCAUUCAUGUUCUGGUUUUUUUUUGUAUCGUAUUUUGUUGUGUGUACGUUAGUGUGGAGGUUUUUUCCGUCUUUUGGAGAGGAGAAAUGGCCCUGACGCCUUGUAUUAGUAUGGUACAUAAAAUCUAAAAUAUAUAUUGUGGU